AUUUAGAUUUCUUUGAAAAUUGAAUUUCUUUCAAAAUAUGUGAAAAUUUCUAUUUUAAAAUUGGCUCUUGUACACCAGAUCUGCAAAUGCAGUCUGGACACCUUAGCUGUCUAUCGUUGAAUUGUAACUAUACACUAAGUUGUGCGAUACAAAAACUGAAUGGAAAAAAACGCGCCCGCUCUUUUAAAAGUCGGUACUUUUGGACAUACAUAUAUACGUAUGUGUGUGUUUGUAUGCUUUUCGUGAGCCUGGGCAAUUGAGCGAGUGUCUUGGCGUGCCGAGGAGGAACAUAUCGAGAGAUCUAAUAGUGGACGGACAAAAUGGGAAUUUUAAGCUUAAACAUGUCCACUGGGGCAAGCACAACUAUUGCGCCCGAGAGCGCUGACAAGAUUGAUCCUGCGUCGGCAACAGCACAGCAGGAACCCAUCUUCAAAGACAUCAACGCCGAGCAAACAGUCGAAUUGGUGGAGAUCGAGUCGGCAUGCAUGAACUGCUUUAAAACUGGUGUCACCCGGUUGCUGCCAACGAAGAUACCCUUCUUUCGGGAGGUGGUGCUUAUGUCCUUCAAGUGUGAUCACUGCGGCCAUACGAACAACGAAAUGCAAUCGGCGUCGGAAAUACAAAAGAAUGGAGUACGCAUCGAACUUAAAGUUCAGAAGGAAUCGGAUCUAAAUCGUCGUGUUGUGCGGUCCGACAACUCCAGUAUCAGCAUACCAGAAGUAGAGCUGGAGAUACCCGUGCAGUCGCAAAAGGGCGAGGUGACCACCAUUGAAGGUAUCAUUGAGCGCACCAUAUCGGGUUUGUCGCAGGAUCAGGAGAAACGACGAAUUGACCACCCCGCGGAGGCGGAGUCCAUUGAUGCCUACAUUGAUCGUUUGCGACAUCUCAAGCUGGUAAAAACACCUUUCACUGUGCUGCUUGAGGAUAUCUCUGGCAACAGUUUCAUUGAGAAUCCACUGGCGCCCGCCAGCGAUCCACAGUUAAAAACGAGUCACUUUACAAGGACAACAGCGCAAAACGAACAACUUGGUCUCUAUGAGCAAAACCACGAAGACCAGAAUCUAUUAAAACCCAUUGCCGAGGAUGAGUGGCCCAUUGAGAACCUGCACGGCGAAGUGCUGCAGUUCGCCACGAACUGUCCCAGCUGUCAAGCGCAAUGCGAGACAAACAUGAAGCUGACUAACAUACCGCACUUCAAGGAGGUGGUCAUCAUGGCCACCGUCUGCUCGAAAUGCGGCCACAAGACGAACGAGGUGAAGUCUGGCGGCGGCAUUGAGCCAGAGGGCGUGCGAUUCAAGGUGCGCAUUGCCACCAAAGAGGAUUUGACGCGCGAUGUCCUUAAAUCGGAAACGUGCAGUCUGUCGAUACCAGAACUGGAUUUGGAUGUGGGUCCCAAUGCCCUCUGCGGCCGCUUUACCACCGUCGAGGGCCUGCUGGUGGCCAUGCGUGAGCAACUGGAUGGCACCUUGUUCCACGACUCUGCCGAUGAGCCAUCCAAGAAUCAACUGGACCGCUUCCUUAGCACCUUCGACAAAGUCAUCAAAUUGGAGCAUGUAAUCACACUUGUGCUGGAAGAUCCGGCAGGUAAUACCUAUGUCCAAUCCCUCACGGACGAUGAUGAGCCAGAUGAUAAGCUUACGGUGGAAAGAUAUGAGCGCAGUUACGAGGACAACGAGGAGCUUGGCCUGAAUGAUAUGAAAACUGAAAACUAUGAGCAGAACGCGUGAUAAUAUAGUCUUUCUGUAUAUACCUAUUAAAAACAUGCAUUUAACAAUUGAAAAAUUGAAUUGUAACAUGUACAAUAGUUAACAAUCGGGUAAAAAUUGCGUAUUUGAAUAUUAAAAGCCCACGAAAAUAUUUAGCAGA